AGGUCCAAAGCCAACAACAAAAAAACAGACAACCCCAAAGAAGACAACCCCAAAGGCGACAACAACAAAACCAGCGACAACAACUAAAAAAGUAGAACAGUGUCCAAAAUAUACCUGGGGACUGUGGGGGCCCUGUGAUCGUACGGAUUGUGCACCUUUUCUUGACUUCCCUGGUUUUCCACAGAAUAUAGAAGGCAACAAACGACAAGCGCCUUUUGGUUGUAAAAGCGUAGAGAUUACAACUUGUAAACGCAUUAGCACGGGCUGCACUAACUGUGGCGGCAAAAUUUGCUCUCUGGAUCCGCAAUUUGAAAUAAAAAAUUUGAAAUGCUGCCGUAAGAAAAAAACAUUAAAAAUUGAAAAUAAUUUGAUUAAUAACAUAAACACUUUCAUUGUUAAGUAUAUCAUUUUUAAACGGUAAAAUUUAUGCUUGACUAAAUUUUUUUGUUUUUGUUUCAGAAAUCUGAUGAACUUGAACACAUUUCCAAACGCCAAACCUGAAACAGUGAAAUACUAAACAAUUAUGAUCACCAUAUCUUAUCUAAAUUUGAUUACAUAAUAAAGACCAAUUGAUUGUUGCUGCAAAAAAA